UGUGCCUGUGAACCGGGAUUCCACGGUCAGUCUCCGUUUGGACACCGCACGAUAGUAGGGACACGAAAUGAACGCACCCGGUGCUAAUGGGAAGAUGCUAGAGGAUGCCACCCCGAAGGAAAAACAUCUGCAAAUUCCCAUUGAGCCAGGGCGGGAUGAUGAGGAUGACGAUUUUGGCAGUAUUUUGGAAUCGGACACGGGCGAUAUCGGCUUCCAGACGCGGCAAGUUAGCCACCACGCUAGCUACACAGUGGAAAAACGUACGCUGCUGCAUCCAGCGAAGGACUGUGAGCCAACACCGCGCAAAGAUAAUGUAGAAGCAGUAACCACAGGAAAGGUGGAGCGAGAACAAACGCAAUCGGAACUGUCCAGCUUUGUACAGAAGAAAUCCUUCGCCCAGAACAUGAUGGACAUCGCACUGCUGUCAGCCAACACGAAUCAGCUCCGGUACGUGAUGGAUCUAGGCGAGAAGCAUCCUUACUACGGUACCAGCUUAUCGCUGAUCAUUCUCAGCCUGUUCAUGCAGGUUGUCGUCGGUUUGGCUAUGCUGUACUGCAAUAGGUACAACAUAAGAAACAAGGGAGAAAUGAAACGAGCAACGCAUGUUAACAAUCUAUCCGUGGUCGGUGUCUUCAUGGUGACGCUGAUAAACGUAUUUAUCUCCACCUUCAACGGGUCACAGGUGGAGAUAGUGGGACCUGCUACUACUGCUACUAGCGCAGGUACUAGUAAUGUAAGCGAUGAUGUAGGCAUGGACACGUGGUAAACGAGGAGAUUGGUUUGAUAUUAAAAACUAUUUUAAUAUAAAAAUAGUUCGUGAAGA